AGCUUUCAAGCGGGCAACAGGUGAACGGGCGCGCUCCGAAACGAAAGUGAAAGAAAAAACGCGAGACAAAAAACAAAACAAAAACGAACGAACCAAAGUCGCUCCAAAAACGCGCGACUCGUCUUUGGCAAUCUCUGGUGCUCUUCUGGUGCUGCUGCAAUCGCCGGAGAGACAGAGACCGAGAUAGCUGGCACACUCUACCCACACGUAGAGUGGAAUACCGAAACGAUAAAGUCGGACUCUGUAUAGUAUGUGAUGCCAAUACACAAUUCGGCGGCAAUCGAACAAACGUGUUUACACUUAAUUUGCUAAUACAAUUCAAACACACAAUAUCGGGAAAUACAACCCCACAAAAUGCGGCUUAGAGGCAAGGAAAUGGGCAACAUGCUGCUGUCGCCAGUGCUGAUCGUCGUCGUCACAGCUUGUUUACUCACUCAAACAGCUGCUCAGGGUCUGUACUCCAUCAUUGCCCCGAAUACAGUGCGACCCAACUCUCAGUUUCAUGUGGCUGUAAGCCUCCAUAAGGCACCGGAACCCGUGCGCUUCAAGGUGGGAAUACUGGGCAGCACCUACACGGACUUCAAAACAGUCGAGCUGCGGCCCUACUCCACACAGUUGCUGCACUUUGAGAUUCCCGAUCUCAAGCCCGACCGAUAUCGCCUUACAUCGGAGGGUCUGGGCGGCGUACAAUUCACCAACGAAACGCAGCUGCACUUUGAAUCCCGACAACACACAGUUCUGGUGCAGACGGACAAGGGCAUCUAUAAGCCCGGAGACCUGGUUCAUUAUCGAGUGCUCGUGCUCGAUGCGAAUCUAAAGCCCGCUCGUGGCUAUGGACGUGUCCAUGUCGAUAUCAAGGACUCGGGGAAUAACGUCAUAAGAAGCUACAAGGAUGUACGCCUAACCAAUGCCAUCUACUCGAAUGAGCUUCGCCUGUCCGACUAUCCGCGCUUUGGAACGUGGUCCAUUGUCGUGGAAGUGGCGGAGCAGAUGCACGCCCAGACCUUUGAGAUACUCGAUCAUAUAUUGCCCAAGUUCGUGGUAGACAUCGAGACGCCCAGGGAUGCCAUUUAUAAGGAUGGAAAGAUAGCAGCCACAGUAAAAGCGCACUAUGCCUUUGGCCAGCCGAUUGUGGGUGAGGCCACCCUCUCCAUUUAUCCCACCUUCUUUGGGUCCCUGCAGCCAUUCGUCAAUGAUCUGAUCACCCGCAAGGUGGUGCCCAUCGAUGGUACUGCCUAUUUUGAGUUUGACAUUGAGCAGGAGCUCCGUCUGAAGCAGGACUAUGAGCGGCAGUAUCUCUUGGAUGCUCUAGUGGAGGAGAAGUCCACGGGCUCUGUGCAGAACUAUUCGACAGUUCUCACUUUGCAUUUGAACCACUACCGCGUGGAGACAGUGAAGAUUCCCAGCUACUACAUACCCGGAGUGCCCUUUGAAGCCACUGCUCGCAUUGCCCGCAACGAUGGCAGUCCUUUGAGGGACUUCAAGCCAGAGAUCAACGCAUAUUUGACGAAUGUCUAUGGCAGCAGUGAGAUGUACAAUCGCUCUACUUAUAGCCUGGAUGCUCGCGGGGAAGUCAAGAUGAAGUUCACGGUACCUGUGGGCGAUAGCGAUGAAUUCCAUUCGAUUAUUGUCGAUUAUUUGGGUGUGAUAAGCGAGGUGGGCAAGGUACCACGCAAGCAUUUACAUAGCAAGAACUACAUCACAGCCAAGGUGUUGAAUGACAAACCCACGGUCAAUCAGGAGAUAUCCGUGGUGGUGCGUUCCAAUGAGCCCAUGAAGUACUUUAUGUAUCAACUGGUUGGGCGUGGAGACAUCAUCCUCUCACGCACCGUAGACGUACCCGACAGCACCUUCCACACUAUCAAAUUCCUGGCCUCGUUUGCCAUGAUGCCGCGUGCCAAAAUGCUCGUCUACAUGGUCGUCAAUGGAGAGUUUGUCUAUGACGAACAAGUCAUCCAAUUCGAGGAGAAUCUACUCAAUGCUGUGCAAAUAGAGGCUCCCAUCAGAGCACCUCCCGGGCAGGACAUUGAUAUUGGCAUCAGCACGAAGCCGUACUCCUAUGUGGGCCUAAUGCUGGUAGAUCAAAACGCCGCCGCUUUGGGGACUGGCAAUGACCUAACCCACCGACGGCUCAUGGAUGCCCUGAAGGCAUACGAGCUGAGUGAUGUCAAUACCCCCGUGGGCUCACCUGGCAAGGAAUCUGGUGUGAUAACCAUGUCCAACACGGAUUACUUCAUCGAAAAGGAGGCAGAGAGCACGCCAGCCAUAGGCCGGGAGGCCUCCACUGGCCCAGAGGAGGAUAAGUUGACGACUGUGCGAAAGACAGACAUUGGGCCGGCGCACAAGAUCGAGGUGAACACUUUGCCACCCGGAAAAGGACGAUACGCCUUCUCCUACACCCCGAAACCGUAUUGGCACAAUCCUCGUGUGCAUGUGAUGCGUGAUCCAGCCGACACCUGGCUCUUCCUUAACAUCUCGGCGAGCAGUGAUGGACGUAACACCAUCCAUCGACGCAUUCCCAGCGACAUGACCUCCUGGGCCGUCUCAGCCUUUGCUCUGGAUCCGGUCAAUGGCUUGGGUCUAUCCUCGCCAAAUGGAAAACUGGAGGCCUACAAGGAGUUCUACAUUUCCACUGAUCUGCCCUACUCCAUAAGAAGAGAUGAACUCAUUGCCAUUCCAUUUGUGGUGCAUAACAACAGGGAAAGUGACCUGAGUGUCGAUGUCACUUUCUAUAACACAGCCCUGGACUUUGACUUCCCGCAACUGGAUCCGAAGGCCACCAGCAAGCCAAAAGUGGAACUGUACAGCCGCCGAUCUCUUCAGGUGCCCGCAAAGUCCGCCCGUUCCAUCUCCUUCAUUGUCACCCCCAAACGUGUUGGUGCCCUUCAGGUGAAAGCCAUGGCUGCCUCUUCCCAAGCAGGCGACACAGUAGAGCAAACGCUUCUGGUGGAACAUCCCGGAGCCACGGAGCGUGUAAACCGGGGCUUCCUCUUCGAACUAAACUCGAAUGCGCCGAACAGGAAGAACGUCAGCAUCAUGGUGCCCCGAAAUGCCAUUCCAGAGUCGACCAGCAUCGAGGUGUCCGCUGUGGGCGAUCUGAUCGGCAGCGUUUUGGGCAAUCUGGAGAGCCUUAUCCUCCUGCCCACGGGCUGCGGCGAGCAGACCAUGGUGCACUUUGUGCCCAAUCUUAUGGUGUUGCGUUAUUUGGGCCGCCUUCGUCAGCUCACUCCCGAGAUGGAGCUGCGAGCCACCAAUAAUCUGGCUCUUGGUUACCAGCGACUGCUGUACUAUCGCCAUGGGAAUGGUGCCUUCAGUGCCUUCGGCCUGGAUGCCAAACGGAGCUCCACUUGGCUGACGGCCUAUGUGGCGCGAUCCCUGCGCCAGGCGGCUCCCUUCAUCCAGGUAGAUAGCCAUGUCCUGCAGAGCGCCCUCGUCUACCUGGCGAGUGUCCAGUCAGGAAAUGGUGGUUUCGAGGAGCAUGGUGAUAUAUUCGAGCAGUUCGGCGACGAUGGCAUCAGUCUCACGGCUUUUGUGACCCUCGCAUUGAUGGAAAGUGUGGAUUCCUAUCCCGAGUACAGGAACAACAUCAACAAGGCCCUAGACUUCAUCACCAGGGGUCUCGAUGGCUCCAGCAAUCUGCAUGCCAUGGCUCUGGGCACCUACGUGCUCUCCCGUGCCAAUCACAAUGCCAAGGCAGCCUUCCUCCAGCGACUCGACUCGAUGGCCAUCAAUGGGGAUGGUCGCAAAUGGUGGAACAAGACAGCGCCGGCUGGUGAGCAGCAAUCUCCCUGGUACAAUGCCACACGGACUGUCAACAUUGAGAUCUCUGCCUAUGCGGCGCUGGCUUUGCUGGAGAACAACCUGGUGGGCGAUGCCUUGCCCGUGCUCAACUGGCUGAUGGAUCAGCGCAACGCUCAGGGUGGGUUUGUCGCCUCCCAGGACACAGUAGUGGGACUGCAGGCACUGCUCCUGUUCGCGGAACGCUUCUCCAGCCAGGGAAACAAUCUGCAGAUUGGCUUUCACUACGGCGAAGGAGCCGAAACCAUACUCAACGUGAAUGCUGAGAACUCGCUGGCACUGCAAACUGUUGAGCUUCCCAGCAACCUGAAGAACCUGAGUAUUUCCGCCACUGGUCGGGGCAUGGCUUUGGCCCAAGUUAGCUACAGAUACAACACCAAUGUGACCAGUGCUUGGCCGCGUUUUGUACUGGAUCCCACGGUGAAUCGCAACUCCCAUGCCGACUAUUUGCACCUUUCGGCCUGUGCCAGCUUCGUUUCCGUGGUGGGUGAGCCGGAGCAGAGAUCCAACAUGGCUGUGAUGGAGGUACAGCUACCCAGCGGCUUUGUCGUCGACACCGACACUCUGCCGACGCUGGAGUCGAGUGAGCGGAUCAAGAAGGUGGAGACCCAGAACCGAGACACCAAGGUCGUCAUCUACUUUGACUUUCUGGACAGACGAGAGGUCUGCCCCACGCUGCAUGCCUACAAGACGGUCAAGGUGACCAAGCAUCGCCCGGUGGCCGUCGUCAUGUAUGACUACUAUGACAGCGCGCGACGUGCCAGACAGUUCUAUCGGGCUCCCAAGUCUAAUAUCUGCGAUAUCUGCGAACAUGCCAACUGUGGCAAUCUCUGCGAGAAGGCAGAGAAACGAGCCUCCCGAGGACCAGAUGACUUCACGGCCAUUGCGGGUCAUAGUUCCGGUCAAGGACUCAAGGCUCUCCCCAUGGUAGUGGUGACUCUUUUAGGGGCCCUGAUCUGGUAGAGGUUUUGUCCACUGCGGGUGGAAACCACAAGGAAAUCGAAGCUUUAACAAAAACCCACUCACAUAGUGCCUAAGUUAGACUAAUCUAAGCCGUGAACUAAACCCGAGCUAAGUACAUCUAAUGAUGCUAAAAUGUUGCCAAUAAAGUGUUAUAACAUUUACUAAAACCCUA